GAUCUUACCACGUUCGUGUUCCGGUCGUGCCUGCGCUUUAGAGAGUUAGUGUGCGUGUGGAGAGGUUUUGGUUCAGUUUCCCUUUGAAAGUUCAGCGUGUGGUCUAUUGGGGGAUGAACGGCAUGGACAUGGAGCAACUGGGUCAGCAGAGCUUUGUCUAUGGGUGCGAGUUGAAACCUGGAAAGGAUGUUGUGUUCAACCCCGAGGAAGAUGCGUUUGAGCAUCAGUUGUCUUUAAGGACGGUCUCUGUAGACCCGACUACCAAGGAUGAACUGCAGGUUGUGGAGGUUGAAAGUUGUGAUGCAAAUGGCCAGACAGUGAAGACAGUACUGGCCUCAGUGAGGCCCUCCUGCCUGCCUUGUGUCAGUCUUGCUGGAUUUGAGAUUGCUCCCCCAGUUGUGUUCAGGCUCAAAUCGGGCACUGGUCCUGUCCACUUAACUGGCCAGCAUCUUAUCCUAACUGAUGUAGAUCAAUCGUUUGAUGAUGAUGACGAUGAUGAAGAGGAGGAGGAAGAGCUGGUGGCUAAAACCGCCAAGAGGUCGGCCCCCACAACAGCCCCUAAACCCCAGAAAAAGAUGAAGAUUGAGGUGGAAGAUGAAGAUGAUGACGAUGAUGAUGACGACGACGAUGAUGAUGACGAUGAAGAUGACGACGAGGAGGAAGAGGAAAGUGAAGCUGAGGAAUUCCCAGUCAAACCCAAGAAGACCCCUGCCAAGGCCCAGCCCCCUGCUCAGAAUGGAAAGACUCCUAGCACGCCUGCGGGGAAGCCUAAUGCCAAGGCAAGAACACCUGAUGCAAAGGGUGACAAAAGAGCACAGACUCCCAAGACACCUAAAGUCUCCCUGUCAGUGGAAGAACUAAAGGCCAAAAUGAUGACCUCUGUGGAGAAGGGGGUGAAGCUGCCCAAUGUUGAGGCCAAGUUUGAGAACUUCCUGAAGAACGGGCUGCGUGUGACCGACCCUAAGAUCAUUCAGGACCUGUGGAAAUGGAGACAGACUGUGAAGGACAGAAAAUGAUUUUCCUCUUUUGUUUUGUUUUUUUAUACCAACUAUGAUGUUUUUACCUCAUUCUCCUGUUUAGAUGAUCAGUUCAUCCCAGAAAUUCAAGCCCUUAUAGCCCGUUGAUGGUGGCCAUUGCCAGCAGGAUCUGCUCCGCCUCUGUAUAAGUGGAUUGGUUUCCUGUUAAAAUACUUAUGCAAUGGACAGCUUGAAUUUGUAGUCCUGUAGGUCGUAUUGGGCCAGAUCCAAGUUAAUACAGCCCCUGGUUGAAUUUUAGGUUUAAUGUUUAUCUGCCAUUGCCUUUUUCAGUAGUUGGGCCUUCUGUUCUUCUACUGGAUUUCCUGUAAUUUUGGACUUGCUGCAAUAAAGGAGUGGAUGACUUCCCA